AGUGUGGAAUUCUAUCAAAAACAGCUGCAAUUCCUUUUAAAUGAAAGCCGAAAGAUUGUAUGUCCACACAUCAUUUCUUUUAUGUCAAAUCCAGUGUGGUGGCUUAUAAAACAAAAACUGAUGAAACUCAGUAGGCCGCAGACAAGGAAUUGUUUCCUCACACCUGCUGCUAUCUAAAGAAGCCAGGGUUGAGUUCUGACCCUUGACCUGUUUGGAGAGCACACCACGUCACCUUGUCACCGUCUUUCCGAUGUGUCCAUAAUGAGGAAACAGGGUCAUGUUCUGCGGGAGGUGACUGCAGGCCACUGAAGCACACCUGCAGCCUUUAUAAAGAUAUCACAACACCGGAGGUCCACUCUCAGACCCUCUCACUGGCUUCAUGCCCUCCAAACGGUGUUGCACUUCACUUAAGGCUGCCCGAGGCGAUCGGAGGAUGGUACUUCUCAUGUGGUGCAUGCUCGUCCCCAUCUUCUUUUCGACCAGUAUGGAGGUUGUGCUAGAUAAAAGUAGUCACCUGACCAGAUGGCAUUCAUAUCAGAUGGAAAAGGGACAAAACAUAAUCGAGAACUACAAGAGACAUUCCGAAGGAACCUUUGCCAAUGACCUGACUGGCCACCUGGAUAAAAUGAAGGCCAAAGACUUUGUGGCGUGGCUGACCACUACUAAGAGAGAAAGAUGUCGUGGAAACUUGCUUCAGAUCGCAACAGAAGUACAAGAGCAUGUCCAAGAAGCAUGCUAGAAUAUCCGCAUUGAAAGUCAUGGGUUUUUUUCUUCCCCCAAUUAAUAUAUGCAGUAAUAGCAAUGGUAGUAGUAUUUAUCGGAUUUUAUUUAAAGUUUUUUUUUGGGUAUUUGUAUUAAAAACUGGAUUUUUUUUUCUGUGAAAUUAACUGUAUUACACAAUUUCAUCUUUAGAUUUGAGAAUAACAAUC